GUCCGUUCCAACCUCACCGCGCUGCGCUCGCCCUCCUCCCCUCCAGCAAUUGCUUCUCCAGCAUGCAUAGCUAGCCGGGACUGUCGCCCUCCGCCUCGCUGUAUCUGCCAUUCUCCGGAGACCCUCUUUCCGUCGCGAGCACUGUCCGACGCUCACCUCCUCAACCACCUGUAGCACUGCUACCAAUAUACUCUGCCAUAUUGCCGCGCCACGCCAUCUACUACCGCCUAUAGCAGCGCCCUCCCAUAAUGCAAAUGCAUCGACACACUCGCUCAGAUGCCGGCGAGCUCGGCUCCCCGCGAUCGAGCAGAGCGGCCAGCUUCAGCAGCGACAGACCCUCUCUCGCCGGCUCCACGUCCUUCCAGAUUCCUUCCAAUGUGCGCCCUGCGCCCGCAUACAUCGCUGCAUCAGUGGCCUCGCAGCUAGUUAGCGACCACCAGAAUGCAAAGCUGCGCGCAGAGUUCGAUUUGGAGGACGACUCCCCGUAUCUGACCAACGCGCUGUUCUCCGAGGAGGCCCUCUGCUUGCUCAAUGCUUUCCUGGACCACCUCCUGUUCUCUUUCUUGGCCGCCGCGCGGUCGCCAUCGCUCACUGCUAUCCGGCCCGCUAUUUCCGAUGUCCUCAAACCCAGACUCGCGCGCGAGGCAAUGGCAACGGCCGAUGAAGAGCUGCAAGGUCUCCUGGCUGGCGAGGAUGAUGACGAGUUCCCUGCGCUGCAGAAUGGCCAAGACCCCUCCGAGAAGUGGGAUGUGGAGACUGUGUGGAAGCGUACACGUCUACGGAUAAUGGUUUACACUCGGCUGGGCGAGCUGGAGGAUGAGGAUGAGGAGCGCUAUGUCCAGCAAGAGCGUGGACUCAGCCUCAACAAUGGCAGCAAUGACGAAUUAGGCCUCGUGUCAUGGGCUGCUGCCAUCUUCUUGACCUCCGUCGUCGAGUACAUUGCCGAGCAAACUCUCAUGGUCUCUGGGCAAGCUGCUUUCUCCAGGGCAUCCGCCAAAAUGAAGAAAGAUGAGGAUGAAAGCCCGCUCGAGCGCAUUGUCGUGGAAGACUUUGACGUGGAGAAAGUUGCCUUGAAUUCCACUCUUGGACGCCUUUGGAGGACCUGGAGAAAGCGAGUUAGGGCUCCGAUAGUCCCACUUGGUUCUUCUGUUGGCCGAGGAUCAGUUGGCCGCUCUGGCUCCAAGAUCGUUCAUCAUGUCCGGGGGAAUUCAGACGAGCUCAGUCAGGAUCCCGAGAGGUCUCGAUCGCUCGGUGAAGUGCCUGAGCACGAAGUCACCGAGACGGACAUCGCCGCCAACAUACCACUUCCGAUAACCAGCAACGAUGUGGCAGAGAUUGAAGUUCCUGGACUAGCUCGUCAAUUUGAUGAUGAAGAAAGUGGCGCAGAAACACCGACAGUGGCUACCUCGAGACGGCCCUCGAGUUUCAUUUUGCUGCCGUCAAGUACCACUGCAGGAGACGACGACGUUUUCGUUUCACGGUCUGGGAAACGCAGGCCUUUCUCAAUGCCGCCUCCUGAGAGGGGCGCCUUCACUUUCCCCGCACCAUCUCUCUCGGAUGAUGCCUACGAAACGCCGAUGGAGAGGAUGUCAAGAGAGUCAUACAUGGAAACAUCAGACAAUCACGAAGGUGAUGAGGACAACUCCAAGUUGAUUGAUGAGCAUCAUGGAGAACAUGAUGUCUCGAACUCUGGCGUGCUUUCUGGAGCUAUCGCAGGCGCAGCUGCUAUGGCAACAGCUGCAGUCGCUUCUGUCACUGGUACCAGGUCUUACGACGACGAGGACGAUGCUGAAACGCCCGGCGUGAGUGAUGUCGAACCAGUGGUCAUGCAAGGCAAACGAAUGUCCAUCUCGUCUUCUGGCCCACCAGGAAUUGUCCGAACCUUUUCUACGCGCAGUAAUCGAUCAUCUGUGGCCACUCCACUCGCCACGCCGAUUGCAGAGACUCACAAGACUUCCAUAACACCUACAUCUGAGCUUGAAGAGGAUGAUCGCAACGCAAUUGGUGUCGCGCGUACUUCUGAUGUUCCGGUUUCCUCGACUCCUGAUCUGCAAAACGAGCCAAUUACCAACGGUGCUUCAGCCUUGCCUGGCGGAGCGAACGACUACAAGGAGCAGCCAUCACGCCGUCUGUCGGUCUCGCCACCUAUAUCACGGAAAACGCCGAGUCCUACUGAGAGGACAGUUCAAUCGAAGGCCCCUCCACCUCGAUCUUCGUCUACCUCCUCUCGCAACCCCCCACUGGCUGCGCUACAAGAGGCUACCAACUGGAUUGACAUGCCAGAUAAAUCAGUCCAGAAUGGGUCUGCCGUUCGGUCACAAGAAAAGUCAGCUAAACGACAAUCAAAUGACAGUUCUCGUGACGGCAAUCGCUCAAGAAGCGGAACUGCAGAGGGAUAUCCUACCGACCGGGUUACCGUACAGCGCGUGUCGUCUAGCUCUUCCAGAUCGCCGUCUCUGACCACUUCAAUACUCCACAGUGCCAAAGGAUCCGAGUCAAGUCUUGGCCGCGCACGAGGAUUAAGCCAGAGGCUAUCUGAGGAAGACCGACAGAGAGAAUUCGAUUCACUCGUCAUGGGGGAAGAAACAGUGAAGUAUACUCUGACACCGCAAAGCAUGCGCGAUCUGGACGAAUCCCCCCUUACGAAGACGGUAGAGGCGCCGAAGCCUCCAGCUAAGUCCCCGACUCAAGUCACCGUCUAUCCGCGAGUUGAUGCUGGACAAUCAUCAGCAUUCGGCGCACAGGCCCGAUCACCAGUCAAAGGAAAGAGCACCGCCAGCGUGGAUCGGUAUUAUACGACUCAAAACUCGCGUCCAAGCUCAACUAGUACGUCAAGGAGUAAAACUAGUCAGCUCGCUGCAAGAGAACCAAGGAUUCAAACGGAGUCAAUGCGGGAUUUCGCGGAUUUCAUUCGGUCUACUGGACCCCACGAAUCAAGCUCGCGGUCAUCGCAGCCUAUUGCCGCAUCCCAGAAAUCAAGCUCCCCUAUUAGUGGUCUCGGCAGGAAAAUAUCCGGCCGAAGUGGUCCAGCAGUCCCUGCGAAGCAUGAACGAGGUGAUGGAGCCUCUUCUGUGCGAUCGAAGUUACACAUGGAGCCUCGGAGUCCAGCUGGUCAAGGCAAUGGGAAUACGGACCUGAUUGACUUCAUUCGCCAAGGACCUCCUGCUGCGGCGGGCGGUGAGCACCGGAUCCCUCGCACCGUUGCACCGUUUCGCUCCACUGUCGACUCGGAUGAGUUCAGCAGAAUGCUCAACGAUCGGUCUCCGGACAACAGUCACGUCGAUUCUUCGUUUGGCUCUCAGGUAUCUACCACUUCCAAACAAUCGACUCUUGCUUCCACAAACUCGAGAACGGGCCUUCUUGCAACCCCUAACGUCGUCCAGCCCGCCUAUUCGGAUACCCCUCAAUUCCUGGCCGGCAGUCAAUCAAAUCCGGAGCCCCAAGUUGUCCGCAAGCGUCGGCGCGUCAAGGACCCGUACGCUAUCGACACUGAUGACGAGGACGAAGAUCUACUCACGGCGCUUCCCAAAUCGGGACGUCGCGAGGAGAGUCUGAUCGAUUUCCUGCGUAACACCGAGCCACCUACGCAAAACGAACCCAAACCGAUCAUCCCCCCUGGUGCGAUUGCCGCCGCCGCCAAGAACCGUCCGAAUGGCUCCUCGCAGGCCUCCUCUAGCAGGAACGGCGCCACUUCGGCUGCAGCAGCAGGCUCAAGAGCUGCUCCGCCGAUUAUCUACCGCCCUGGCGUUGGCUCUGGUGCGGGUUUAUCGACUUCGAAUAACCCCGCCAUGAUGACCGGCGGAAGCGGCACCGGCUCGGUCCCCAGAUCCAACAAGCCAAGACUCCAAGCCCGUGUUGCCACGGCCAGAGACGCGACCACGUCACGACGGAGCGAAGUCAACGACCUCGCAGACUUCCUCCGCACGUCCGGGCCCCCCGACCCUGUCAACCCGCCUCCCAGCGCAGCGACUAAGAAAGAAAACCGCCUCCCUAGCGCCCGCUUCUGGCGCAAGAAGACGUACGCCGAGUGAGCGGCAGCUGGAAAAGUAAUGUGUGCUGAAUGAUAAAUGUCGUCUGUGUGUAGUAUGUGGAGGAGAGUGUCUUUUUUGUUUCUUCUUCGCAUUGGGAGAUGAUGGAUUCUUUUUCUUCCCACCCUUUUUUUGCUUUCUCCCUUCCCCCAUGACGGACGACUUUUCUUCUGUGUUGCAUUUAUUUGUGUUUUGUGGUGCGAAUUUGAGCUG